AUGGCAGAAAACAAAGAUGAACUUGUCCAGCGCGCCAAACUUGCCGAACAGGCCGAGCGAUACGACGACAUGGCUCAGUCAAUGAAGCGAGUCACGGAAUUGGGUGCAGAACUUUCCAAUGAGGAACGUAAUUUGCUCUCCGUUGCCUACAAGAAUGUAGUCGGGGCGCGACGCUCGUCAUGGCGGGUGAUAUCAUCGAUUGAACAGAAGACCGAAGGCUCAGAGAAGAAGCAGCAGAUGGCAAAAGAAUAUCGCGAAAAGGUUGAGAAAGAGCUGCGAGAUAUUUGUCAAGAUGUUUUGAACCUUCUGGACAAAUACCUCAUUCCGAAAGCAGGUAACCCUGAGUCGAAGGUGUUCUACUUGAAAAUGAAGGGUGAUUACUACCGAUAUCUGGCCGAAGUUGCAAGUGGAGAUGAUCGCAACGUGGUAGUGGAGAAGUCACAGCAGUCCUACCAGGAAGCAUUCGAUAUCGCGAAGGACAAAAUGCAGCCCACACAUCCGAUCCGGCUUGGGCUUGCACUCAAUUUUUCGGUAUUCUACUACGAGAUACUGAAUGCACCAGACAAGGCCUGUCAACUUGCUAAACAGGUGCGUGAAGACGGGUUCAUUUUAUAUUAUUGCCACUCGAAUGGUUGGUUUAUGUUUGUUUCAGCGGUGGCGGAUGCGGGUCAGAAAGCCUACUCGGAGGCACUUGAGAUUGCCAAGGCACAACUUUCGACUACCCAUCCAGUUCGUUUGGGCCUCGCUCUAAAUUAUAGUGUCUUCUUCUACGAGAUUUCAUCGAGCCCCGAUCGUGCAUGUCAACUCGCCAAACAGGCAUUUGACGAUGCUAUUGCUGAAUUGGACACCCUGAAUGAGGAUUCCUACAAAGACAGCACAUUAAUCAUGCAGCUCCUUCGUGACAACCUUACGCUGUGGACAUCGGACACUGGAGCGGACGAUCAGGAAGGUGGUGAGCAAGCGGGUGAAGCAGGUGGCAAUUAA